AUGGAUCCCAGCAUCUUUGCCCUCAUUCUUCCCAAAAGUGCCAUGAACGCUUUGGGGGCGUUUUCUUCUUCGGCGAACAAGCAGUACUUUGCCCCCGGUAAGGAAAGGAUGGUCGACCGCAACAGCCGCGACUCUACGCCGGAUAUAGGUUCAAUAGUUGAAUCCGUCGAUGACGAAGAAAACGACCCCAACCACAGCGCCGAAGACCGACUCGUGCUACGGUUGGACGACGAUACGGCGCUCAAAGAUCCGGCCGAGGGCUGGCAGUUUGGCUACAGUACCAGGACGUCCGAUAUUAUGAUUUGCCUCCCACAAACCUUGGGGGUCAGUCGCCGGCACUUUGCAAUUUCCAUCACGCCAGAGUUCCGCGUUCAGUUUCACCAGUUGACAGCGCAAAAAUCUCGAGUAAUCUACCAUGCCAAGCCAGGCCACCGUCACGAAAUUCGUCCGCAGCAAGGCGAUAAGUUCUUUAUUUGCCUUGGCCCGUCGGAACCACAGUACUGGAGCAAAGUCGAAGUUGGUGCGGCCGCGCCGUCGCAGGAAGUUCAAUUUGAAAUUGUCUUCCCUAAUCAUACAAGGGAGGCCACACCCGAGUACUACGCCAACUUGAAGCAGUGGGUGCAGAAGACAGCACUGGCGGUUCCGCCUGUUCUUGGGCCGGCAGGCCUAGACAACAAUCCAUUGGCAGCCGCUCCAAGUAGUCCGUCACCGACGCCGCCUCCAUUCGGCAGUCUGUGUUUUCAGAGGACCAUCGGCUCCGGUGCCUUUGGGGUUGUCGAGCUGCUUGUCGAUGUCACCACGGGCGAUACAGCGGCUAGAAAGAGGCUGUUGAAAUUCAACAAUCCAAGCACAUCGGCAAAAAGACAUCAGGUGGAGGCGGACUUUUGGAACGAAGCCCGCAUGAUGCAGCAACACCCACAUCCAAACAUUAUCCAACUUCUCGCACUCCAAUCGGACGGGAUUCCGGGACUGCUGAUGCCAUACUACCCACACGGCAACAUGUACAAGAUGUCCUUACGCCCGGAUCAGCACCGCAGCGCCUUUCGUCAACUCUUGAUCGUCCUGGACUAUCUGCAUAAGCGCAAUGUGGCCCACCGUGACCUCAAGCCCGAGAACAUCCUCGUAGAGAGGCUGGAUCCCAUCCAUAUCAUCGUCACUGACUUUGGUCUUUCCAAAGAGGCCGUGCCAGGCAGCCUCAUGACGACAUUUUGCUGUACGUGGCUGUACGGUGCCCCAGACGUCUUCCCCAGCCACCGACGCGCUCAGUCCACUCAGGGAUACUGGCUGUCCGUGGACAUUUGGUCCGCUGGAGUCAUGAUGCUCGAGUGGACGUACGGCCUGCCAAGCACCCGCGGCAUGAUGCGCCAAAUGGAGAGAGCGUGGAUCAAGUUCUGGUCGCGGACUAUUCUCAGCGCAGUCCAGAAGCAUGACCAGGAUCAUCCCGGUGAUCCCGUCAUUGAUCUCCUCAAAUACAUGCUGGUCAUAGAUCCCCAAAAACGGUACAAGGCAUUUGAAUGCCUGCUUCGAGGCUGCGCCAACGGUCUGUUCAAGAUGACACGCAGUGGUGACAUCAUUGAUGGAGAUGACGACGAUCCAGAGGAACCUGGAGCUGCGGUACUAAAUCCGUCUGUGGCAUGCCUCAAACCGCUGUCUGAGACGGACGACAAGCUUCCAUACAAAAUGAUGCCGACCCGGGUCGCCACAAGGGGGUCAGAGGAGACACAGGAUCGACGCACACAGGAUCGACCAACCGGAUCCGGGAGCAACAGCCAACGCAGCCUAGCAUCGAUAUGGGACCGGUUCAUGAACUUUGAUCUCAUCCCUAGCUGUGACGUGGGACCUAUACUAGAGCGGAUGGACAUGGAUGCACAGGAAUCAGAUGACCUUUCCCGGGCCAAAGAACAAGCCCCCUCUCCCCGGCAUGAGCCUGUCCAUUUGAUUGAGGAAGGCCCAGGGACGUCGGUAGCAAUCAUGCCAGGAAAACAGUCUGCACCUCCCCCCACUGGAACAAAACGGGCACGGCAUGCCAACACGUCUGUAUCACGGCCAACGUCGUCCUUCUUCUCGUCGAGGGACGAUGCACGGCUAUCAAAGAAGAUGAAAAUUGCCAAUGUUGGGCACAACGGUGAUUUGUGA